AUGCACAAAGCCGCUUCCACUUCCAUCUUGUUGACACUCGCAGCCACUGCGCUUCUUUGUCCUGCGGAUAACUUUCAGCAAGUUCAGGCAUUUCCAAUCUCUUCCGCAUCCUCCUUGCACCGACCCUUGCAUCAUAGUAUGCAAUUGCAUUCCUCUCCGGUGGAUGAACUAGAACUCUCACCCGAAUUGGAAUCCAAAUGGAAUCAAAAGAAUGCCUCUCGCAAAAAGUUUGGAUUGAAUCCAAUGAGUCUUUCCGAAUUCAUGGAAGUGGAGGCGCAAGUUGCCCAAAUGAGUCAACAACAAGAGUUGAAUUUGGCAGCCCAACAACAAACGGAACGUCAGCAGAGACAGCAGCAGCAGCAACAACCUUCGUUCAUGAAGAACUUUGCCAAGGGCUUGUUGGAAGACACUUGCAAUUCUUCCUUUGAUUGCGAGUCUCCCAAAGUUUGCUGUGAUUUGGGAUUCAAGAAAAUGUGCUGCUCCAACGGUAUGCUUGAAGUAUCUUUGGAGUAUGCCAUGGUGCCCGUCCCUGUCGAUAUGCGGGAGUAA